UUGGAUUCUGAUUACAUUAACUCCCUCAGGCCUCAAACGCAUCACAUUCCCUUCACCCCAACAGAGACAGACAAAGGCUCUCUUCUUCCCCUUCCUCCUCUUUCUGGGUCUUCUCCUCUGGUCUUCUCAUGUUGUUAUGAGAUAAAAUCCUUAAACGAAGGAAAGACACAGCUUGGGAGUAGGAUAUGGAUGCACUUCAGCUCAAGAGGCAACUGAUUACAUUCACAGAGCUGCUCUUUCGCGAGGGGUUUCUUGAUGAGCAGUUCCAUCAGCUUCAGCAGCUGCAGGACGAGAAAAACCCGAACUUCGUGGUGGAAGUCGUGUCCCUCUUCUUCGAAGACUCCGAGAGGCUUCUCAAUGAACUUGCUAAGGCUCUUGAUCAGCAGAAUGUUGAUUAUAAGAAGGUCGAUGCUCAUGUUCACCAGCUCAAAGGAAGCAGCUCCAGCAUCGGAGCACAGCGAGUUCAGAGAGUCUGCAUUGUCUUCCGCAACUACUGCAACGAGAAGAAUGUCGAAGGGUGCCUGAAAUGUCUGCAACAACUAAAGCACGAGUACGCCAUUGUGAAGACCAAGCUCGAAGCCCUGUUCAGUCUGGAGCAGCAGAUUUUGGCAGCUGGUGGGUGACCUUCCAUUUGAACAUCAGAGAGGGGGGAAAGAAGCUGAUAACAAGAGAUAUAGCAGAUUCUGAUAUUUUGAUUUCAAAAGAAGAAAUUUCUCCCAAGUUUUCUCUUUCUAUUUUUUUUUAUUUUUUUUUUUAUUGUUUCGCUUCCUUUAUCAGAUCUGUCUUCAGCUUUUGAGCUUCUGAAUGUACCAAAAUGUCAGCAACGGUUAGUUAUGUGAAUAAUCCUUUCCCACCUC